GCGCGGGAGUGCCCGGCCCGGGCGAGAGGGGCCGCCAGGGCGGCCUGGCUUUGCUCCGCGGCCGGCGCUGCCUCCUCUCCUCUCCUGUCCUCUCCGCGCGCCGGGCGGGCGCGUGGGUGGGCUCCGGGGGCUUCCCGCUGCGCCCCCAGAUUUAAACAGAGAAAAUGGCGGAUAGACCCAUGUGGGAGCAAGUUGGGACAAGCUUUGUACAUCUCUAUUACCAGCAUUUUGAUGCCAGCAGGGUUCAGCUGAGUGCUCUCUAUAUGGAUGCUUCUUGCUUGACAUGGGAAGGGCAGCAAUUCCAAGGAAAAACAGCCAUCAUGGAAAAGUUGAUGAGCCUUCCAUUCCAAAAAAUUCAACACAGCAUAACAUCCCAAGAUCAUCAACCAGCCCCUGAUAAUUCUAUCCUCAGUAUGGUGGUUGGGCAGCUGAAGGUGGAUAACGAUCCAGUGAUGGGAUUCCACCAGUUGUUUGUUCUCAAGAAUAUUAGUGACAACUGGGUCUGCACCAAUGACAUAUUUAGACUGGCUCUAUAUAACUUUGCUUGAUUUCCGCCCCUAUUCCUAAGCCUCUUUCUACUGCCACUUGGCAAUUUUUGACCCCCAAAUAAAUAAAACAAUUGUUCUGUAAUGGCGUAAGCCAUCUCUUGGUGGCUGAAGGAACAUGUGUUUAAUCCAUGUGUAAGGUAGAUAGUGGAGAGGGUCUCCGCUGUUCAUAGAAAAAUGAUAUGCAAGCUAAGGCACCCCUAACCAUCUUUCAGUGUUGAUCACAUCGCUGUCUUAUUACCCUUGAAUAGU